AUGAGUUACAACAAUCCAUAUCAAAACGAUAACCCGUAUACCGAGAACUAUGCUAUGCAGGACAGUGUAGGACACGCACAGUCCGGAGGGGACUUCGUGACGUUUAUGAAUGGCAUAAACCAGAUCAAUGUGGAGUUGGACGAUUAUGCCAACCUUAUCAACCAAAUCGAUUCGAGCCAAAGAAGACUUUUGACGGAAGUCAAUGAAGACCAAGAGUUGGCCAUGAGACAGCAUCUUGACGGCCUCGUUUCGCGUGCGUCUGAUUUGCAGUAUCAGUUGAGAAACAAGAUAAAAAGUGCACAACAACAGGGUGCCUCGGACCCCAGCAAACAGGCACAAGCAGAGAACUCGAGGCAGCGGUUCUUGAAGUUGAUCCAGGACUACCGGAUUACCGAGGCUAAUUAUAAAGAGCAAAAUAAAGACCAAGCCAAGAGACAAUACCGCAUCAUUCAGCCCGAGGCGACCGAUGACGAAGUUGAAGCGGCCAUCAGCGAUGUGGGAGGACAACAAAUCUUUUCGCAGGCCCUCCUGAACGCGAAUAGACGUGGGGAGGCCAAGACCGCCUUGGCCGAGGUCCAGGCCAGACACCAGGAGUUGCUGAAGUUGGAGAAGACCAUGGCUGAGCUGACCCAGCUAUUUAACGAUAUGGAGCAGCUUGUUAUCGAGCAGCAGGAAAACAUUGAAGUAAUUGACAAGAACGUUGAGGACGCCCAGCAAGAUGUCGAGCAGGGUGUCGGCCACACCAACAAGGCCGUGAAGAGCGCCAGAAGGGCACGUAAAAACAAGAUCAGAUGUAUCCUUAUCUUGGUCGUGAUCGUGAUCGUCAUUGUUCUCGCCAUUGCCCUGCCCCUGGGUUUGAGGAAAUGA